GAGGUUGCUUUUUUAGAACACCUCAAACAUAGUUACGAGAGAAUCUCUUGCAUCUAAGUCGGAUCCCUGGAUGCCCCCCGGUGCCACCACCCCAGCCGCAAGGCGAACUCCAAUGGCAGCCAGCUGACCCCUCCUCACAGGAUGACGGUGAGAGAGCGGCUUCGGCAGAACAUCUCGGCCGCCUUCUACCAGCACGGCCUGCUGUGCGCCUCCUACCCGGUCCCCAUCAUCCUCUUCACCUCAGCCAGCAUCCUGACCUGCUGUUACCCUCUGCUGAAGCUGCCUCUCCCUGGAACCGGUCCUGUGGAGUUUACCACGAGUGUUCGGGACUACUCCAUCCCGUCCCAUGAGCCUCAGGGGGACCUCGGUGAACGCCCGGAAUGGUACCGAGGGCCUCCGGUGGCCUACAUCCAGCAGGUACUGGUAAAGGCAGCUGUCUCCCCCUGGGACAACACCCUCGUCCCUGUAGAUGCAUUCCGUUCUCCUCUGGGUAGAGUCUUCAACCUUCUGGAAGAGAUCCGCAACCACGUUUACACAGACAGAAGCUUGGAGGCACUCUGCCUACAGGUGACAGACCUGUUGCCAGGGUUACGACGCAUGCAGGCGGUACUUCCUGAGCACGGCUGCCUGCUGAUUUCUCCAGGCAACUAUUGGCAGAAUCGGCGGGAUUUGUUUGACUCUGAUCCAGACCUCCUGAAAACCAUCCAACAGCACGAACCCAAAGGCCUCCACACUUCAGCCACAUUAAGAGACCUGCUCUUUGGUGUCCCGGGAAAACACACAGGAGUGAGUUUGUACAACAGGAAGCGAGUGGUCACCUACACGAUCACCAUCGCACUCAGCGGCUAUGACGCCAGGUUCCUGGGCAGCCUACGGACUCGACUAAAGCAGCUUCACCCCUCAGUGAACUGCAGCCUGCGGGAAGACCACAUGGUCCAUGUCCACUUCAAAGAAGAGAUUGGCAUCGCCGAGCUCAUUCCAUUGGUCACCACCUACAUCAUCCUGUUCGCCUACAUCUACUUCUCCACCCGAAAGAUUGACAUGGUGAAAUCUAAAUGGGGUUUGGCCUUGGCUGCUGUGGUAACGGUUCUCAGCUCUCUUCUAAUGUCUGUAGGGCUUUGCACACUCUUUGGCCUGACGCCCACACUCAAUGGAGGAGAGAUCUUUCCCUACCUAGUGGUGGUAAUUGGCUUAGAGAAUGUGCUGGUCCUCACCAAGUCUGUGGUCUCCACACCCGUCGACCUGGAGGUGAAGCUGCGUAUUGCCCAGGGCCUUAGCAGUGAGAGCUGGUCUAUCAUGAAGAACAUGGCUACUGAGCUUGUUAUCAUUUUAAUCGGAUACUUCACCUUAGUUCCUGCCAUCCAGGAGUUCUGUCUGUUUGCUGUGGUGGGCCUUGUGUCAGACUUCUUCCUCCAGAUGUUCUUCUUCACUACAGUGCUCUCAAUCGACAUUCGCCGGAUGGAGCUGGCCGAUCUGAACAGACGUCUUCCAGCCGAAGCAGGCAUGCCGCCACCGAAGCCGGGCCCUCUGCGUCCGAGGGAAACUCCUCCACCUCCUCGGCCCUCUCCCCACACCAUCACCCUCCAGGCCCCGGCGUUCCGUAACCUGCGCUUGCCGAAGAGACUCAGGGUGGUGUAUUUUUUAGCCCGGACUCGCUUGGCUCAGCGCAUCAUCAUGGCAGGAACGGUGAUCUGGAUUGGAAUCCUUGUCUAUACGGACCCUGCCGGUUUAAGAACUUACCUGGCUGCCCAGGUGUCAGAACAGAGCCCUUUGGGAGAUGCGGGGCUUCCUCCUCACCUGGGCGUGGCUCCCGUAUUUCCUGGUGGUGAUCCGACCAGCACGCUGAGCGUCCUCCCUGCUCCUGAACCCACCCCCUUACCCGAAAAUCAGUCUCAGGGUUACGGGGCUCCACGGCCGGGCUUGGCCACCACCGCGGGCCCACAGAUCAGCUGGGGACCAGAGGACGAGGAGGGCUGGAGACAGCUAUCCUUCCGCCACUGGCCGUCUCUCUUCAGCUACUACAACAUCACCUUGGCAAAGAGGUAUAUCAGCAUUUUGCCUGUAAUCCCAGUCAGUCUUCACCUGAGCCCACAAGAGGCCAUCGAAACACGUCACCCACAGGACCCGCGCCACCCGCCACCCCCCAGCCCCAAGACCACCGACCUGCAGACGGACCUCACUCUUUAUAAGGUUGCUGCCCUGGGCUUAGCUGCAGGAGUUCUCCUUGUGCUUCUGCUCUUUUGUCUAUACAGAGUACUCUGCCCCCGUAACUAUGGACAGAAUGGAGUGCAGCACGGACGCCGUCGCCGUGGAGACCUGCCCUGUGAUGACUAUGGCUAUUCCCCCCCUGUCAGUGAGAUCUCUCCUCUGCUGCUACGCGGACACAGCAUGGACAUUGAGUGUCUUGCAAGCGACGGCAUGCUGUUGGCCAGCUGCUGUUUAGCUGGUCAGAUUCGUGUGUGGGAUGCCCAGACGGGAGACUGUCUCACUGUCAUACCAAACCAUGGUUUGCGCAGGAGCAGUAGCAGCAGUGGAUGGGAGCAUCGUGACGGUUGGGAUCUUGCGGGAGUGUGUGAUGCAGACUACUUGCUUGGAUCUGAUGGCCAGGAUGCCGGGUUGGGCGCGGGCAUGGCAGAUGGCGAGGUAUACCCGCUGAGAAGGAGAGCCACACCCACCCGCCCCACUCUGUUUGGGGAUCAGCCUGACCUCACGCCCCUCAUUGACACUAAUUUUGGUGAACAGCCUCCUUCCCAGACGCAGCCCGGCUCUGGCUUUGAUUUCGGGGGGCUCGUGGAGAAGGCGUACCAGGAGCAUGAGGCCUCCCCACCACUUCCCUUCCCUCCCUCACCACCAGCGUCCCAGCAAAGGCGCCGCAGCCUGGGCGACCAGCCCGUCCUGCCCCCCGAAAGGCCCUUGCCUGGUCCCUCUGACUGGGACAGCUCAGUGUGGGCCAUGGAGCUGAGGGGCAACCUGAUCGCCGCGGGCAGAAGCAGCGGCAAACUGGAGUUAUGGGAUGCAGUGGAAGGCUCUUUGCGAUGCAGUAAUGAAGAUGGAUCCUCAGGCAUUACAGCUCUGGCUUUCCUCAACAACAGGAUUGUUGCAGCUCGUUUGAACGGCUCCCUGGAUUUCUUCACAGUGGACAUCAAUAAGCCUCUCGGUCUGCUGCAGUACCGUGGCCCUCCUGGCAGGGGAAGUUUGCCUCCCUCCCCCUGCUACAGCAGCGAGGAUGUGAUCAGCUGCCAGCUGACACGCUCUGUACAGUGUGCCCAUCAGAAACCCAUCACUGUGCUCAAAGCAGCAGCAGGCAGAGUGGUCACAGGCAGCCAAGACCACACUGUCAGAGUGUAUCGUCUGGAAGACUCGUGCUGUCUCUUCACAUUACAGGGUCACUCAGGAGGCAUCACUGCCAUUUACAUAGACCAGACCAUGGUUCUGGCCAGCGGGGGGCAGGACGGGGCGAUCUGUCUGUGGGACGUGCUGACAGGAAGCCGGGUCAGCCACGUAUACGGUCACCGUGGUGAUGUCACCUCGCUAGUUUGCACCACUUCCUGUGUCAUCAGCAGCGGGUUGGAUGACCUCAUUUGCAUCUGGGACCGGUGCACAGGAAUUAAACUCUACUCCAUACAGCAGGAGGUGGGCUGCGGGGCGAGUCUGGGUGUGAUUUCUGAGAGUUUACUGGUGACGGGGGGUCAGGGCUGUGUGUCUUUCUGGGAUUUGAACUUUGGGGACCUGCUUCAGACUGUAUACCUGGGCCAGAACAGCGAGGGCCAGGGUGUGCGACAGCUCCUGGUGCUAGACAACGCCGCCAUCGUGUGUGACUUUGGUAGCGAACUCAGCCUGGUCUAUGUGCCCUCUGUGCUGGAGAAGCUGGACUGAGCCCGCCAGCGGCCCACAGACUCUCGUCUCUCUCUCUCUCCCAGGGAACGGCACGGCAUGGCCAGCUCGGAUGCACUGAAGCUCUUCUGUCUUUCCCUGACCUGUGAUGUCACAGGUUAACCUUUUCUUACAGAUGUGACUGGCUGCUUCUCUCUUCUUUUUUUUUUUUUUUUUUUUCUUUCUUUUUUGCCGGUCCUUUCCCUCCCGAUGCUGCAUUGUUUCAUCGAACGGGGGGGGAAUAGGCCUUGUAUCUGUAGUGCUGAAUAUUCCUGUUUGGACAGAUGGGAGUCGGAGCACAGACUUGAGUAACAUGUCUACAGAGUAGCUGUCUGUGGGCAAGAUGGCUGCCUCUGUGCUCUUAUUCAUGUGGGGGUUUUUUUUGUUUUUUUGUUUUGUUUUUUUUUUUACAGGCCUUUUUGGACCUUCAUUCAGAACAUUUUAUAUUUUUGGUAGAAUAUAUAACUGAGCAGAAUGUUUAGACUUUUCUUUUUCUGUUUGGAGAGUCUCAUGAUUGUGGAUUCAAAUCUGCUGACGGGGACUUCUAGCCUAUCUGGCCUGCCUUUCCAUUUAAAUGCCAAUAGCAAGCCAGAGAGGCUAAGGAGGUUUGGCCCCAGUAUAGCAGUUGCUAGCACCAGUUUGAAUGUGAUGGGGAGGAGUGUGUUGUGUCUGUGUGUGGGAAGGGUGG